AUGGCGGCCGUCGGCUCUCCACCAUCCUCCGCCCCGACUUCGCCCAACAGCCCACGUCGGAAACCCGUUCCUCCUCUCCACAACCUGUCGCCCAUCGACCGCUAUGACUGGGGGGAGAACGUGAAACCGCUGCCUGCCGGGCCGCUGGCCUCGUCGCCAAGGUUACGGCAGUCUCCCGUAUCACCCGUCAAGGUCAACUUCCAACCCGAAGACUGGGCCCGCCCAUCCACCGGCAACAUCGAGACGCACCUCCCGCCCGGACAGCCCGUCCCUCCCGCCGUCCUCGACCGAGCGCUUCCGAAGACGCCCGACGCUCCAACGUCCCCGCCGCAUACGCCUCUAUACCAACCCAAGCACGGCUAUGAACAAAAUGCAGACUUGUCGCUAGCCUCCAAGCGCACCGAAAUAUCAGCCCCGCACCAGGCUGCCAGCAUAUUGAGCUCGGAACUUGACGAGCUGAGUGUCAGCGACCAGCCCGGAAGAAAAGCAGAGAACCGGAACAGCAGGGAAUCGGAUGCCACUGGCAGCGUUUCGCGGCAGCAGACGUCAGCCGAAUCGUCAGCCACCACGAGUGCCAGUUCUGUCUCUGGAAUUCUCGAUGUCUCGGACAACCCAGACAAUUCGGCCGAUGCAUCCACCGAGAGCUCCGUCAUGGACGACCCCGCCGUCCAGCCCGAACCUGUGCCUCAGCUGGAGUACCAUCACUCGGCAUUCCUCCCGCGUCCCGCGAGCAUGGCCAUGGCGCAAGAUCCGAAAGCCCAGUCAAACCCGAACCUCGCCGAGGCUGCAGGCAUCAAUCGCCACCUCACGCCGACCACGAACUACAUCAGGAGGACCUCGCUGCAGCGGCCCCAGUCGGCCUACUCGGCGUUCUCUGACUCUGGGCCCCGCGGGCGCUCGCCUGGUGUCUUGGGCGGCUCGCAGCUUCGGGCACACUCAAAAUCUCCCGAGACCCGGCCGGCUUCGUUUGCCGACCUGCUCAACGUGCCAUAUCCGCAGCCGGCGCCAGCUCCCAUCACGUUUGACAAUUCACAGCUGCGGUCCGCCGUCGGCAACAAUGCGUCUCUGCUCAGCACCGAGAAGACGCUGGAGAUGUACCGGCAAAACGUGAAGAAGACAAACGACUUUUCCAUACUGUACUCUUUCGCAGUCUUUCUCAUCGCCACCGCCCAGGAGCAAGGUCUCGACACUCGAGAUUCCAAGAGGACAAAGAGCCCCAAGGCCUCCUCGGGAGAGGGCUCUCCGUCGUCUGUCCACGAUCUUGUUCGGGAAGCUCGCGCCAUCUUGCAGAAGCUUUCCAACAACGGCUACCCGUUUGCGCAAUACUACCUUGCUGAUGGCUACGCCUCGGGCUUGUUCAGCAAGGGCAAGGAGGACUAUAAUUCGGCGUUUCCGCUUUUCGUCCUUGCCGCCAAGCACGGACACGCAGAGUCGGCGUACCGCACCGCGCUGUGCUACGAAUUCGGCUGGGGAUGUCGCAAAGAUCCUGCCAAGGCCGUGCAGUUCCUGCGCACCGCCGCUUCCAAGAGGCACCCGGGCGCCAUGACGAGGCUGGGAAAGGCGUGCCUCUCGGGCGACCUUGGCGAGAAGCGGUACCGGGAAGGCAUCAAGUGGCUCAAGUUAGCCGCCGAAGCCGCUGACACCAUCUACAAUGCGGCGCCCUACCACCUCGGGUGCCUGUACGAAACGGGAUACGGUGACGACAUAUUCCGGGACGAGAGCUACGCCGCCGAGCUUUUCACGCAGGCUGCCGAACUGGGCCAUCCCGAGGCCAAUUUCAGAAUGGGCGACGCGUAUGAGCACGGCAAGCUCAACUGUCCGAGGGACCCGGUCCUGAGCGUGCACUUCUACACCGGCGCUGCCGAGCGCGGUCAUGCGGCGGCCAUGAUGGGUCUCUGUGCUUGGUAUAUGGUCGGCGCAGAGCCCGUAUUGGAGAAAGACGAAGAGGAAGCAUACGAAUGGGCAAGGAGGUCAGCUGAUCUUGGUUACGUCAAAGCACAAUACGCUGUUGGAUACUUCACCGAGAUGGGCAUAGGGUGCCGUCGGGAUAUACUUGAAGCGAAUGUGUGGUAUGUCAAGGCUGCCGACGCCGGCGACGAUCGCGCGAAACAGCGGCUUGCCGCCAUCCGCGCUGCCAUUAGCGGUGGCACGCCGAUGGACGUUGGCCCCCCUCGGAAUGCUAAGGUCAGGAAGAGCGGCGACGGCGACACCGAUUCCAAGGAGUGCAUAGUAAUGUGA